GUUGAAAACCCUAACCCUAGAAUUACAGAACUUAGAGAGAGAAAGAGAGAGGAAGAAAGAGAAUUUCACAGUUUCUGAAUCUGAUCCGGUUUCGAAAACCGGUUUUUCAUCAGUGGAAGCAAAGCCCAAUCUUCGAGACGCCCAAGAAAAUCUCAUUGUUCUUCGCCAUUAUCGCCAAAGAAACCAAAUCCCACGGAAAGCAAGAUCGAUCUUGAGAAACCGAGCACAAAUUCCUCCAUAGCCAUAUGCCCCAACAGUAGUACCAGCAUUAUGGGAGCUGAGAGGAAGAAAUGGCUCUUGACUCUCUUCUCGGCGUCAUUUCUGUCUCUGAUUCUUCUCCUCUUCUCUUCAAUCUCCGCUUUUGGUUCUCCGAAGCCGUUCCCGUCGAUCGUCCAGCAAGGGUCGCAUUACCCGCCGGCUUUCGCCUACUACUUGUGGGGAGGGAAAGGUGAUUGCGACCGGAUCUUCAGGCUUCUGCUGGCGGUUUACCAUCCCAGGAAUCGGUACCUUCUGCAUCUUUCGGUGGAUGCGUCUGACGAUGAGAGGCAUCAGCUGUCGGCGUUGGUGAAGUCGGUGACGGCGGUUAGGGCUUUCGGGAACGUCGAUGUGGUCGGGAAGCCCGAUCGACUUACCCACAUGGGGGCUUCCAAUAUCGCCACGGUUCUCCGCGCCGCGGCUAUUUUGUUGAAGGUUGAUAGUGGCUGGGACUGGUUUAUUCCUUUGAGUGCCAUGGAUUACCCGCUUCUCACUCAGGACGAUCUUUCUCAUGUGUUCUCCUCUGUUAGGAGGGAUCUAAAUUUCAUUGAUCACACCAGUGACCUUGGAUGGAAAGAAUCUCAGAGGUUUCAACCUAUUGUUGUUGAUCCGGGGAUAUACCUAGCCAGGAGGAGCCAAAUUUUUCAUGCUACACAGAAACGAAAAACACCCGAUGCGUUUAAAGUAUUCACAGGUUCACCAUGGGUCACCCUGAGUCGAUCAUUUUUGGAAUUUUGUAUACUUGGUUGGGAUAACCUGCCGCGGACCCUGCUUAUGUACUUUACCAAUGUAAUUUUGUCGGAAGAAGGCUAUUUUCAUUCCGUUAUAUGCAACGCACCAGAGUUCAAGAACACAACAGUGAACAGUGAUUUGAGAUAUGUGAUCUGGGACAGUCCCCCAGGGAUGGAACCUCACUUCCUCAACAUUUCUGAUUUUGGUCAAAUGGUUCAAAGCGGUGCUGCUUUUGCUAGACAAUUCAAGAAAGAUGAUCCUGUGCUGAACUUGAUUGAUGAAAAGGUCCUAAAGCGCGGACAAAAGCGACUCGUCCCAGGUGCGUGGUGCUCUGGCCGGAGAAGCUGGUGGAUGGAUCCAUGCUCCCAAUGGGGUGAUGUCAAUAUCUUGAAGCCUGGGCCUCAAGCAAAAAAGUUUGAAGAGUCUAUUACUAACCUCCUCGAUGACUGGAAUUCACAGUCAAAUCAGUGCAAAUGAAGAUCCUUGUAUUCAUGCAAGACCUUCUAAGAUUAGGUGCAGUCCAUCUGAACGCAUUUCUUGGUUUUGAAAACUGCGGUUCGUUCAGAUACAUUCUUUGGCCUCUUAAGUGCAAUUUUUUUGGGAGCUCCUCUUGCCGCAGGCUUCACGAAUGUGUAUAACGCCGGCAGAGCCGACCGGAAACAAAGUAACAUUCACUCUUGGGAUUUUGGGCUGUGUGUAGCAUGGAGGCAUGCAUUUAUUUGGAGCCGUGAGCCAUCCUACAGCCUCUCAAUCAAUAAGGGGUCUCCCUCUGUGUUUCCAUUUGCAUGCGGUUGUAUGUUCUCCCUGUCAUCGGACUAUAUUGUUCAGCUGUUGUUGAAUACUUGAUUAUCAGAAAGUUCAUUCUUUGAAUUA